UUGGUCAGCGUAAACACUCAAUUCUCCAUUUAUUUAUGUGUAUAAAUACACAUCCCAAAUCCUUCCCUUGACGCUUGUCUUUUCAUUUCUGUAGAGAAAUUAUUACUCCUUUUUACAUAUAUAUAUAUACAUAAUACACCCAGUCCUCCACAUAUAAACAUCUCCUCAAUUCAAGAAACACAGAUAAAUAUAAUUACAAAGAAGAAGAAGAAGAAGAAAAUAUGGGCAGACCACCUUGCUGUGACAAAAUUGGAGUGAAAAAAGGACCAUGGACUCCUGAAGAAGAUAUUAUGUUAGUUUCUUUUAUUCAAGAACAUGGUCCUGGUAACUGGAGAUCAGUUCCCAGUAGUACAGGUUUGCUUAGAUGCAGUAAGAGCUGCCGGCUCCGGUGGACCAACUAUCUCCGGCCAGGAAUUAAGCGUGGUAAUUUCACUGACCAUGAAGAGAAAAUGAUUAUUCAUCUUCAAGCUCUUCUUGGGAACAGAUGGGCAGCAAUUGCAUCAUAUCUUCCACAACGAACAGAUAAUGAUAUAAAGAAUUAUUGGAACACCCAUAUGAAAAAGAAGCUCAAAAAGAUUCAGAAUCAAGAUGGGGUUUCAAAUUCAGUUUCAGAGCCAAAAGGUCAGUGGGAGAGGAGGCUUCAGACAGAUAUUCAUUUGGCUAAACAAGCUCUUUGUGAAGCUUUGUCUCUUGACAAAUCUUCAUCUUCUUUAACUGUAACCGACUCAUCGAAACCCUAUCAAACCCAAGAAUUAUCCAGUCCGACUACUUAUGCUUCAAGCGCUGAAAACAUAGCGAAACUGCUUGAAAACUGGAUGAAAAAGUCACCGAAAGUGCUGAAGUCUCAUCAAACAAACUCCGAUAUGGCGGCAAACUCCAGUUCUAGCACUGAUGCCGCGCAUAGCGCGGCUGCGACACCCGAAAAUCAGGGGUUUGAUUCUCUUUUCAGCUUCAACUCAUCGUCCAACUCGUCGCAAUCCGUGGACGAGAACGCGAAUUUGACGCCCGAGACGAGUCUUUUUCGAGAUGAAAACAUGGUGGUGGAGGUGAAUCAUCAUCAUCAUGAUGAUCAGAAUAAUAAUCAGGUUCCUCUUUCGUUGCUGGAGAAAUGGCUAUUUGAUGAAGGUGCUGUUCAAGGUCAUGAAGAUCUGAUUAACAUGUCAUUAGCAGAAACUGGAGUUGGGCUGUUUUGAGCACAGGCGUUAAUAAAUUAUGGAUCAUCAUAUGUUAAUGUUAUAAUUAAUUAGGGUUUUGUUUUCUUUUUUUCUAAAUCUAGGUUUUGCUAGUUAGAAAAGAACAAAAAGAAAGUUGUAUCCAUGCCUAAGAAGAAAUUAUGAUAACACCCCCACCAUAGUGGAAGAACAGAAAGUGUAAAUUAAAAACAACAUAUCUAUACGAAUAUGAUCCUAUAAUAUAUGUAUCUUAUUAUCUAUAAAUAUAAUUAUCAUGUUUAUUAAA